GGUAUUGCAAAUCUGGGGGAAAAAACCCACGAAGUCACAAAUACUUCUAAUUGUAGGAAUUUGGAUACUCAACACAUUCAGUUAAAGGUAUUUGGUUGGAAAUGUUACAGUUUGAAUUACAGCUCCCAGUAUACCCAAGCCAGAAGGUGUGAUACAAAAGAUAACUUUUCACACUGCUGUGAAAGUACUGCAGCUUUUGAUAGACUGUUGAGUCAAUGAACAAAACAUAGCUUUGUCCAACAAACCGAAAUGGUUGUCACUGGUAACACAUGUGAAAAUAAGAAAUGUUUGUCAAAUUGUUUUCCCAUUUGUCUUUAUUUAGAAAUGUGUUCCUUGCCUCUUGGAGGCCUUGCCUGUGCUUCCAGUGAUUUAUAUGUUUGUGUGGAAAGGCCUUUUUAUUGGUCUCACUUUUGUAAACUGAUCUGGAAUCCUCUGGUGCAGUUAAGAUAUAUUUUGAUAAAAUAAAGGAUAAACAAUAAGUCAGAGCAUUUAAAAACUGUAUCAUCUCUUUCAAGCCCAGGCAGGGAACCAGAUUUACAGCAGUCGAGGCACUUUAAAGUUUAUAUCAAGGACCAAAAUGUGGCCAGAGAGAAUCCAGCUUGUCUUGCUGUGAAAUCUGCCUGUUUCAUCUAUUCGCCAGUAACCCACCAGAGACCCCUAGGAAUGGAUUCAAACUAGAAAGAUCCAAAACAUGCCUAGGUUUUUUGGUCUUACUUAUACUAAAGGUGCUAUUUAAGCCUUCCCUGGAGGCAGUGUUAUUCAAGAAUGAAUUUAAAUAUCUGGUUUGCAUUCAUUACAAACCCAUUUGAAAUGGGCUGGCUUAGACCUGGGCAGGACUGGUCUGAAGGUGCUGCUGACUUUCAUCCUCUUGCAGCCUCCAGCACACCUCUUUGGAGCACACCUCUAUGAGGGUUGUUGCCUGGUUCAGGGACAGGUGAAGGACUCUCCAGGAUCUCUUCUCCUUAACCCUCUUGCACCCCAGUUUGCAGUGCAACUACUCACUGUAUCAAUUAGUUUGCUCAGAAAUCAGCUUGGUUUUGAUUCCUGCUUCUUGGGGCUGAGGAAGCCAAUGGCUGAAAAUAAAACCUUUCGCUAUGGACUCAUCGUCUUGGGCUUCUUCCUGGUGAUGAUCGGCAUGUUCAUCAUGAGUGUGGAAAAGCCUCAGAUCUACAUCACCUUCUGCACUCUGGGGGUCCUGACCAUAUUAACCGGGGUUGUUUGGAGUAUGUGCCAGUGCUACCCAAAGGUCCAAAUUGUAUCUGCUUACUCAGAGUCAGAGAAGUUCCUUAUUAAAAAGCCUGGUGUUUCAUGUAUGAAAAAUGAGAUUCCUGAGAAGAGCAGUUCACAGACACCUUAUACCAGCCUGAAAGAAUCUGAAGUCUAUGAGAAAAGCUUGCCAUCAUAUGAACAGGUCCAGAAAACUGUAGCAGGCUCUGAAGAGCACUUGGGAGUCUUGCCUGCCCCAGUCCCACAAAUCAGGACAGGAGCCGGUGUCCAGCCUCUUGUUCAGGCCAAAGCAGAGGUCCAUAGGAACUCUGAGAAUGAACGAGAUAAAUAUAAGUAUCCAGAAUCUCAGAAGGGAGCAACAACGCUGCACUCCCAAUCAAAGAUGUCCAAAAGCCAAGCACCACUAGCUUCUCUCCAAGAAGAAAUGGAUACCUCUUCAAUGGAAUCUGCUUCGAACAGCCCGUUUUUACAGAGGUGGAAAAGUGCCCCCAAUACUGUGUUUCCAACUGAAAGCCAGCUUAGAUACCAACUUCCUUGCUAUGAAGAUUUUGCCUUAAUUGAUUCUGUGACGACGGAAGGUCAGGGUUGGAAUAAUGGUGAGGUGGCGGCACCAAACCCAAGCCACUUCUCUGCUCGGUCCGCAGAAGGAGAUGGCAUAUCAACUAAGGCAGCACCUGGGCUAUUGGAGCAAAGAGUCAUGCAGAAAGGGGCAGAGGAUGACAUGUACUAUGGGAUAAAAGAGGGUCCAGAAGAUGUCCUCAUAUCUGUUGGUGGUGCCCUUGAACGGAAAGAAACUAAGAAUUAAAAAACCAGAGGGAGAUGAGGUAGGUAAAACUCCUAAGGGGUCAACAUUUUUCAGAGAAGUCCAAAUCUAGAGGUGACUGAUGGGAGGAGGCAGCUCACCUAAUCAAGUCAAUGAAGGAAGCUGAAUUUCAGGACAGAGAAAGAAAAUGGAUGAUCAAACUUUUUCUUUUGUUUUUUGAAGAUUUCAAGGGAGAGAUGGAAAUAAUAAAUGAUGGAAUAGAACCAACUAAUAAGAAGAAUAUGCAAAAAAGAAAGGGAUGUGGAGAGAUGCACCUCUUCACAAUCCAAGGACAACAUACCAAGCAAUCAAAAAUACAAUUAAUAGCAUGUAUGCAUACCAUCAAGUCUGCCUCUCUUGUCACUAUCAGUCAAAUUCAAUCCAAUGCCACAUAUGAGAAACUUACAGAUGCUCAACAAAUCCCCCACUUCUUUGACCAAACCUACAGUGUAUUGUUCAGGCUUCUAUGGACAUGCCUCGCCAUCUCCCAUUUUUGUGCUGUUAAUCAGAGCCAAAGUGCUAGUCCCCUAGGGGAGAAGGACAGGACAUAAAUAAAGUUUUUAUUAUUAUUAUUAUUAUUAUUAUUAUUAUUAUUAUUAUUAUUAUCUCUUUUCCACAGGAAUAUACCCUAGCACUGGUUAGACAGCUGUGGUCUUGCAAAUAUUUUUGGACUUUAACUUCCAUAAUUUCUCACUAUUGAAUGUAGAGGGCUAAGAGUCAUUGAGGUCAAGGCACAUGGAGGAUAAUAAUUGCAUAUUUUAAAUAAUGUUGUUCAUGUUGGCAAGGAAAGAUGGCUGAGAACUCCCCUGGAUGAAAAGGUUCAUGCUUCACUGAGUGAAAUGACACUGAUAAGUGUAAAAAAUAAA